AUGCCCGGGUCGGGCUGGAAACAACGGGAACUGCUGACGCCAGGCGUCCGUCAGGCGGCCAAAGCAGCGCUGGGUGGCGUGGGCACCCCCACACUGCUCACCCGCGCGGUCGCCGGAACGAAGAACGUAGGUGCAGGGACCAGUACCCCCACCCCUCUGACGCCCAGCGUACCACUCACGAAGCUGCUGAGGCGAAGGGAUGUCCCGCGAGCGCUGCUGCUGCUGCCGGUGCGAGCGCUGGCCACCACCACCGCCGCUACGCUGCUGGGUACCACCCCGACCAGCUCCACCUCCUCCACCACCACUGCCUCCUCCGCUGCCGCCUCCACCGCCUCCACCUCCGCCGCCUCCACCUCCGCCGCUGCCUCCACCACCACCGCUGGCACCACCACCACCGUCUCCGCCGCUGCUGCCACCACCACCACCACCACCCCCGCCACUAGUCCCGCCGCCACCCCCACUCCCUCCGCCGCCACCGCCGCCACCGCCACCGCCCCCUCCAGCUCCACCCGCGCCCUUGCCCCCCUUGCCCUUGCUGGAGCGACGUCUCCCACUAGGGGCAGACGCCGCCCCGACCGACUCAAGACCAAGCAGGUCGGCAGCAGCAGCAGAGGCAACAGAGGGCAGCAAGGGGGAAGGAGAGCACCCCUCAAAGAUGGGGGUGCGAGGGUCACCACGAGAAGCACCUACAGCGACUAUGCUCUUCUCCGCUGCAAGGAGGGCCUUCUCGAGGAGGUCGACGGUGAGGGUGGUGGGACAGACUGCGAGAAAGUGGUCCCUGACGACGCGAAGGGAGUCAGGGAGGCGCGCGACUACGUAGUAGAGAGCGAUGUACAUGGGGGGGGGGGAUUCUUAGCGCAGAACUCAGCAGGAAGGGCGGCGCGGUAG